GCAAGAGAUGAUAACAGGAAGAAAUUUUUCUCCCCUUAAAAUGUACAGUAACGGCAGUACUAAUUAUUUUGUGUCUUAUCGUCCCCAAAACUUACAGCUAGCUCUGCUAUUUCCCGCUUCAUCUCCCUCCUCGUUUAACCCGUACACAGUUGAUAUUCCUCAACACGCAAAACCCCCAAAAUGCACCUCACUUAACCGUCGCCGGAACAAUUACGUCCGUCCGUCUUCUUUACCGGUGCCGCAGUUCCACCUCACUAAAACAAAAGCAAUUUUAGGUUUUCACUUUUUACUCCUCAGUUUUCAAUAUAGGUUUUCCGAUGAGUACCGAAACGAAACCGGUGAUUACUUCACUUACUAGAGCCACAUGGAACAGAAAGCCAGUGAUUUCCUCAUCAAUUUCGGAAGAUUCAUCGAUUUCUGAGUUGAUUUGUUAUCUAAAAUCGGCGUUUCGUGAUAAGGAGUAUUCGUUAGUGGAAAGAAUUUUAAUCGACCGCGAUAAACAGCUUCGUAACGAAAUUGAAAAUCUCAAGAGAAAUUUAGCUGAGAAGGGAAGAGGUUUAGUUGACAUGGAGGGGUUAAAUAAGGAGAAUCAGUUGAAGGAAAUGGAGAGGAAAUGCGAGGGUUUGAAAAAUGAGAAGGAAGAAGUUGAGGCGAAAUUGAAGGUGUAUGUGGAGAAGUUUGAAGAGUUGGAAAGGAGAGUGUUAGUGCAAGAGGAGGAAGCUGCGAAAAAAUGUCAUGUGGAUGUUGCGGUGAUCCGGAAAAUGGUGGAAGAUUUGGAAGCUAUGGAGGAGGAGGAGGAAAUACAUAGGGUUCAUUCGACUGGAAAUGAAAGUGGUAAAUCAAGAGAUGAAGGCAGUGGUAAUACAGACUUUGUUUCAACCAAAAUGAAUUUGGUUAAUUGUCCUGAUGUCCAGACAUUGCAUAGAAAAGUUUCCAACAUAGAAAAGAAAAGUUGUCAUUCAGAGAAAGCAGACCCUCUCCUUAGCAACUUGGCUUGUGGGAAUAGAGCACCUAUUAUAGAUCUAUCAGCAUGCGAAGCAGGAAACUUUGUUAAGAGUAACUUGAAUACAGCACCUGACGGGGCUGGGUCUUCAACUGGUAUCCACAUUAGCGACUGUGAUGAUGAGAAGGCAAAGGCUUAUGUUUCAAAAAGUAACGGUGUAGGCAGGAAUUUAACAUUUCCAUCCCUGAUAAAAGAAGAGGAUGUAAAGGAAACAUCAUUGUCCAAAAGGAAAAGAAGCUUAAGUGAUAGUGACAAUGGUGACGGUUCUUUAUCUGGCAAACAAAAGACAAGAUCUAUUCAAGAAUUAAAUUGUGAUGGAAAGCUGUUCUUAGCUCAUGACAAUUCGCAUAAAACGGUGUUUGUGAGAAGAUGUGAUGACAAAGAUGGAGGGAAGUCUUAUUCUCAACCUUCUUCCAGAAGAUCUGAUUUAUACAAGCUUGAUGAUAUUUGUGAUGAUAGUUCUUCAGAUUCAGGGAAUGAUCCCUUGAGUGACAAAAGUAUGGAUAUGUUGAUCCAAAGUUACCAGCUUAAAAAAGAAAGAAUUACAAGAUGUAAAAUGUUCUCUUCGGAAGAUGAUUUAAGAUUGUCCUUGGAUAAGGACCCUGAACUUUGUAUGGAUGCAGUAUGUGCACUUUAUAGGCGACAAUUUUCUCCAAACAUCUCUUCAAAGGGCCUGGGUAAUACCAUGAGACUGGAGUUGAGUGAAUCUGAUAUAUUCAGAGCAACCCUUCCUUGUAUCAUUAUUUGAUGGAAGACCACAUGCCUUCAAACAUGUUGAUGUCAAGUCUCAGCAGGGCAUCUAGCCAAAUAAUACUCUCCACUCCAAGGUGAAGAUUCCUCACCACCAUUGCAAGAAUUUGUGAGAACAUAGAAAAAGCCAUGAUGAUGUUCAAGAAAAUAUUGUACACUAGACACAUGCUUACAAAAUCUUUGAAUUCCAGUCUGCAAGUUGAAACAAUUUAAAAGGGGAAUUUUCUACUGAAGGUAUUGUGUUAAAAUACAGGCCCAAGGCAGAUAUUUGUGACAUGUCUAUUGUGGGUUAAGUGAUCUGUGAUUGGUUCUGAUUCCAACUACUUGAUCAGAUCUUAUUGCAUUUGUUUAAUCCAAAUAUCAGAUGGGACAUGUAAUAUCCAAUUUGUUUCAAUAAUCAAUCUGAUUGUUUUUUUUUGUGGCUUUGUAGCUAAGUUUGUUUGAACGGAUACUAUCUCCAUUAUACUUUCUAUAACUUAUUAUAUAUUCUUUUAUGUUUUUUCUCAUGCAGCAUAACUGUUUUGGGUGAAUACUGUCUAUAACUUAUUAUAUGUUCUUUUAUGUUUUUUUCUCAUGCAGCAUAACUGUUUUGGGUGAAUACUGUCUAUAACUUAUUAUAUGUUCUUUUAUGUUUUUUUCUCAUGCAGCAUAACUGUUUUGGGUGAAUACUUUCUAUAACUUAUUAUAUGUUCUUGUAUGUUUUUUCUCGUGCAGCAUACGUGUUUUGGGUGAAUAUCUGAUCGAUGGUGAUCUAGAAAAUAAACGCAGAAAAGCCGUGGACGAAAUACCUUCAAAGAAUCAUGAAAAAUGUAAAAGCUUAGCUACUAAACUCUGCCAUCAACUAUAUCAGCUAUACCU